AUGAAUGCUGACUUUAAGAAUGCCUUCGAAGCUCUUCAUAGUAAGGUGAAACUAGUGAACGACUUCUCAUCUGGAAAGAAACUGAAGUCUGAAGGUUUCGACAAAGAGUUAAGAGAAGUAGCACAAAAUAUGACGAAAAUAACAGAUGCAGCAACGAGACAGGCAGCUCAAAGUGCCUAUGACGCCGUUAGAGCAGCUGUUGUGGAAAGUCAAGAAAAAGAGUUACAACAGACCAAAACAGACCUAGUAAAUGCUUUCUUAAAAAUGAAAAGUCAGGUAGGACAUUAUGCUGCAGAUGGAACAUAUGUGCCAGCUGGUGGAACUUAUAUACCACCAAACCCUCCAAGAGAAGCACCUGCACCAGGACUACCUAAAACAUUUACAUCGUCACAUGGACACAGACACAGGCAUGCACAACAACAACAACCAACAGUUCAAAAUCCAACACAGCAACCAACAGUUCAAAAUCCAACACAGCAACCAACAGUUCAAAACCCUGCACAACAACAACCACAAACAGAGCAAGGACAUAAAAGAAGUAGAGAAAAAGGAAACCAAGAAUUCUUAAAAAUGCUUAAGGAAGAUUAUGGUUACCCAGAUACUCUUGACUUUAGUGACAGAUAUAAAGAAGCUAUUAGAAAGUUCAAGGAAGGAAAUACUGACCCGAACCUAUUUAGCUUUAUGGUUCAGCAUAAAAUCGGAUAUAAUCUCAAACCUGGAAAAUACAAGCUCGCAAAGGGAUAUGAUUUAAUAGCAUAUCAUCCAAAUGACAUGAAUGAAUUUACUCCGAGAUAUUUGAUGUCAGAGCUAAAUGA